GUGUAAUAUUUUCACAGCCACCACAAACCACUAGGCCUGAAUCACUCCCCGCCCAUCUGGUUCGCUUACACCCUUGAGCAUGUCUACUCACGCCAAUGACUCCGCCUCUUCGGGGGACGUUCCGGUGGAAGUGACCGCAGCCAGACCGUCCUCAGACAACGAUAGCGCCGCCGCCCAGGUUGAGGAGGACAGCAAGCCGUCGAAUGACAACACCAGUCCCGUUGAUGGCAAGGAGAACAUGGCCUUGACCGAAGAUGCAAAGCCCAAGAAGAAGAAAAAGUCCAAGAAGAGCAAGAGUAAGAAGAAGCGCCCCACAGGCUUUGAAGAGUACUUUUGCGACGCCCCCAUGACGCCGGCCGAGUACGAAGAGGAGAGGAAGUCCAUUUACCCCCCCAACCGACCGUUCGUUGACCGCAUCGAGGAAUGCAUUCAACGCUACCGUGCCCGUCGCCGCUUCGAUAGCGCGAAGGAAAACUUAUUCAGCAGAUAUCUGUUCCUGGGCGGCAUUGAUACCACCGCUCGCCAAUUUCAGGGUACCGCGUCGCUCACCAGUCAUGACUUGGACGGCUUGGACAAGGACGACAUCCGUGACAUCGCGGCCAACGACUACGUGGAGCGUAAGCCUGGUCUGCAUGCUUCUCGCUACUAUAAUCCCAACCAGCCGGAGCACUGGGAUGUCGAUUUCACCGGCGUGGUCGCUGGAUUUUUAUCCGAGACCCUGGUUCGUCUGACCACCCCCGGAGCAGCAGACUAUGCGGCUGGCGUAGAUCUUGUAUCCAACUUCCUCAAGUAUGUCGAUCUUCACGACGUCUGCCCCGAGUACGCCGAGGACAUCAAGAAUGCUCAAAGGGUGUGUCAGAAGGCCCACGAGGAGAUGCCUUCGCUCGUCCAGAUCCUCCGCCUCCUCCCAGGUAAUUUCAGUUCUGCCGCCCGUCUGGUUACCUGCGAGGACGAUGAUGAAAACGCCUGGGCACGUGAAGUGAUGGACGACCAAACCUGCCGCCGGAAGAUCGGCAUCGUGAUGUCCAUUCUUAUGAGCUCCAAGUGCGGACACGAAAACGGCAUCAAGUUCGAAGAGCUGACCGGAUUCCCGACCGUCACCAAGACGAUCACUCAGCAGGCGUACGAGGUAGUGGGCAUCGUUUUGCCCAACGCCGAGUGCCACGCCAAGUUCAAGAACAUUAACAAGCACCUCGGUGACGCCAACGCCAACGCGAUCAAGCCCUGCGGCCUCCUUCAGGUGAAGCCCACCGUUAUUCGCAACGGCUGGGAGAACACGAUGCACAAGUCGGUGGAGGAUGUCACCUACAAUUUGGUGAUGGAGGAGGAGAUCUUGGCCCUGAUGAAGGUUGGCUUCAAGUUCGAGAUGGACAUUUGCCUGUUGAACUACGGCAUGGGAUUCAUCAAGAAAUCCGUGGACGGCCAUCCGACCUUUUACGAAUUCCUGCCCCAGGAGCUUAUGUGGGGAUACAAGGAGCCGGUGGCGAAUCCCAGGCCGGGCCCGAGCAUUCACAACCCUACCGGAUCGUUUGAGGGCGGUGAUGGCAUGGGCGACUUCUUGAACAAUGACCCGGAGGAUGAUGCCCCGGGUGAUGCUGCCCCGGGUGGUGCUACCCCGGUUGAUACUGCCCCAGUUGGUGUUGCCCCGGUUGGUUCUGCCUCGGUUAGUUAUGCACCCGAAGAUGAUGAUGUUGAGUGGGCACUUUAGUUCGUGCAGGCUGCGCGUUGCAAAGACCCAGCCGAGUUGCCAUGAACAUGACUCGAUGGAGAGACGGAUAGAGCUGGAGAGCUUGGGGUGUGGUCUCACCACCGAUGUUACAUAGAAUCUCGGCCGCUAAACGUGGAGGCUAGCUACCGACAGGGAUAUUCCACAAUUUCCUUGUUCAUCAUGGACCAGAGAAUUAGCACAGGUCGCUGAAAAUAAUCGAAAAUUGAAUUUCACUAUUGCCGUUCCAAAUCCCAUGCUCCCUAUAUACCCUUACAAUAACCCAACACCGGACGCGUGAUUACCCCAUUGUGGUAAGCCAUCAUCAAGAGCAGAAAACCCCAACGCGCAAAAGUAUAACUUGUCCCAUCCCUCCCUUA